AUGAGUCAACCUGCUCUCCUUCCUUAUGACCUCAGCAGUUUGACUGCUGCUGCCAUUUUUUCUCUGCUGCCAGCUCCUUCACACAUCAGAAGCAAAAUGACGUCUGGAGUAAAAGUCGCUGACCAAGUGAAGGACAUCUACAAUGAAAUGAAAGUAGUGAAAAGCGAUGCUGAUCAGGCCGAACGUAUAAGAUUGGUGGUAUUUGAAAUCAAAAAUGGUUACAUCGACGUGGAGGAGGGGAAGAUUUUCCGGGAAAAGGACCUGGAAAACGUGGAUGAUAUAUUCAGCUUCUUCCUCUCUCAGCUGGAUCCCAGAAAGUGCCGCUACAUGCUGUAUGACUGCCACUUUGAAACCAAGGAAUCAAGUAAAAAGGAGGAACUGGUCUUUGUGAUGUGGGCUCCUGAAUCAGGAACCAUCAAAGAGAAAAUGAACUACGCAAGCUCAAAAGAAUCCAUUAGGAAGGUCCUGACAGGUAUCAAACAUGAGCUGCAGAUGAACGACCUUUCAGAUUACGGAGACAGGGAUAAUUUUGCGGAGAGAAUGGGGAAAGGUGUAAUCAAAAUCGAGGGCCACAAUGUGAGACAUGCAUGAAGUGGGCCUAAGCAUUAAACAAACCACCUCUCCCUUGUUUUAUGACAAGGUCAGUUUAAAGAUUUCAGAUAACACCAAUAAUUCCAAAAUGACUGUUUUAUUUUUGGGGUUUUUUUUUUUUUUGAUUUGUUCAACAAAGCUCAAAGGGAAGGGUUUGGCUCUGAAUGGGAUUAGAUACCUGUAACUCAAACUUCUGAUGUCUGUGCCCUUCUAAACUGUUUGUCACAACAGUUGGUUGUGAAAUCAGUUUUGUUCAGAUGUAAUUUUAUUCAUUAUUUGACAUAUCCAUACAUUGAUACUAUGGUCUGUCACUUGACUCUUGGUACAUUUGUAUUUCUCAAAUCAGUAAUUUGCUGUUUUUAUGUACAUACAUAAUGUUUGAAUCCCUGUUUAUUCCAGUAUACACCAUUCAUCUUCCUUUGCGGACUGUUUAAUAAAAGUUUCUGCGUACAACUAUAUCAGUUCCUGUAAAAUACCCCAGACACCCCUCUAGAGUUUACAAGUUCAAAAUGGCAGGACCUGUAAGUUUGACAGAAAUCUGUUUUUUCUAGACUGUUACACUUUGAUGAACACAUAUAAAGAAUAGCACGACUUUUACAAAGAAAAAAAAAUGUUUUGGUGAAAAUGCAGCAGUCAGUUUGCUGCCAGAGUAUUGUCAAAUAAAUUCAAUGCAAUCAA